AGAGGCACCAAAUCAUGCAACACGCUCAGAUGGAACUGUGCCUCCUGGUGGCUGACGGUGGCAUUACAUCCAUGUCAGACUUGGACCUGAGUCUGAGCGACGCGCUGACGGACGGCGCCGCCCAGCCGGGCCCGGAGGCCCCGGUGCAGAGGGACUUCGUGGCCCAGCUGGAGGCGGAGCCUUUCGACGAUAAGGUGGGGGAGACGGUGGCCAAGACGGACUACGUGCCCCUGCUGGACAACGACGACACCACCAGGCCAGGUGGACAGAUGUCGGCGCUACGCCCGGAGCCACAGGGGGAGGGGCCACAGGGGGAGGGGCCCCGCUCGUUUGACCAGCAGCAGGCUACAGACUUCUUAUCAGCCUCCAUGGAGUGUUAUUCAGACCCUGAUGGCUCUCAGACCAGCUCGGCCCAGAUGAUGGACCCUGGCCUGAUGGGAGCUUUCACAGCUUUCUCCCAGCCCGGUGGGCUAGGCGUGGAGGUGGGGGCCGCGCCCCUCUCCUCACAGAGGGUUCAGCGUGUAGCAGAAGCCCCGCCCCCCCCAGUGGGUCCAGAAGCCCCCAGAGACCACAGCCCCAUGCGGCCUGAGCCCCAGCCCCCCCGCAGCCCUCUGGACCCGUCAGCAGGUCCUCUAGGCCGGCCGGGCCCGGACGACCUCCCGUUCAGCCCCAGCGUUUCCACGGCGAUCGGUCGGCACGCCGGCCACCUCGCCGCCGACCCGCCGGGCCGAGAGGGCGCCGCCGACGCCGGGGGCGACGAGCGGGAGCGGGACGGUUCGGACCGGAAGCAGAAGAGGAAGAAGAAAAGGAGACAGAAGGACGAGGGCGCCUACGAGCCGCCGGAGAGCAGGGCGCAGCACCCCGAGGUGCAGGCCGAGGACACGCCCCCCACGGAGGAGUUCUACCACAGGGUCGGCCCGAGGAGGGACCGGGGAGACGGCUGCUGGGAGGAGCCGCUGGGGAGGAGCGGCGGCCGCGGGAAGAAGGGCAAGAGCAGGAAGAGGCUCCCGGAGGAGUGGGGCGCAUCGGCAGAACCCUCGCAGCUCACGGAGGAGAUGGACCUGGGGGGUUCUGCUCAGGGUUCUGCUCAGGUCUCGUUGGCGGACAUGGACCCCGGCGGAGGCCUGGCCCCUCCCCCCCUGUCUGAGGCCCUCUUCUCGCCGGCCGCGGCCCCCUUCAACCCUCUGGUGCUGAGCAGCGAGCUGAAGGCCACCGCGGCUCCGUUCACGAUGCCCUCCUCCACGCCUGGCUCCGCCCCCACGGCGCCUCGGCCCGGGGAUCCCUUCGACCUCCUGAUGGAGACCGAAGACGCGAGUCUCCGGGUCUUUUCGCCCGGCGGUGACGCGGUCGACGGCGCGGCGUUUCACGCGCGUUCCCUCCGAGAGUCUCGUGUGCGCGGCACACCUGAGGGGGACACGUCUCCUUUUAGCCCCGCCUCCCAGCCGAGCCCCUCCCCGAGAGGCCGGGCGUUGGCCUCGGCCCCGCCCCUCUCGCCCUCCGAUGCUUCGUGGCUCCUGAGCGACGCCACCAAGAGCAGCGGCGGGGAGCCGUUUGACUUCGGCGACCUGAGCGCCACGGGUCAUCCUCUGACCUUGGGGCUGACCUUUGACACUCCUAGCCCCGCCCCUCUCCGCUCCCCCAGAACCACAGCGCAGGAGUUCCAGCACAAAGAUGCCGACUCGGCGCAGAAGCGACCCGAGACUUCUCGGUCUUCGUCCUCCUCUGUGAAGAGUCCCAGCUCCCCGGGAGCCAAUCACCUCCCUCCACUAGCCCCCCCCCAGAGCCCAGGAUCUGGUCUGAACCCCACGGCUAGGCCCUUCUUCCCCUGCUCCGCUGACCCCCUGGAGGAGCCGGCGCCCCCACCGACCUCUGAAGUAAAACCUGACAAGAUGGAGGAGGAGAAGGAGGACAGCGUGGAGAAGGAGAAGCUGUUGGAGCCUCUGGUUGCCGAGCAGAGAAGCGUCAAGGUGGAGUACGCAGUCAGUGAGACUCCAGCCAAGGUGGAGAAAGAGGUGGAGAAGGAGAAAGAGAAGGAGAUGAAGGAUGCAGGAAUUACUAAAGAGGUGAAAGUGAAGGUGACGGAGGUGGAGGAAAAGAAGGAGACAGAAAAGGAGAAGGUGAAGGUGACGGAGCAGAAGGCAGUGAAGGUGGACUGGAUGACCGAGGAGGAGGUGUUGAAGGUGGAGAAGGUGGUGAGAGAAACAGAGGUGGAGAAAGACCAGCAGGAGAAGUCCACCGAGGAGCUCCAGCAGAAGGAGAUGAAGGAGGUUAAGACGGCCCCUCAGCUGGAGGAGGAGGAGGAGGAGAAGCAGGUCAACAAGAAGGUUGUGGAGAAGAAGGACAUCAAGGCCGCCGAGAAGGCCAAGAAAAGCCAAGCUGUGUCGGCUGGCAGCAGCGCCCCCCAGAGGAGGGAGCCGGUAGUGAAGGCUAAGCCGGUUGCCGUGGCGACCAAGCCGAGCGCCGCCGCUACUAAAACUUGUGUGGGUGCCGCCGCCGGGGUCACAGCUCCACCUAAACGCCCCACGUCCUCCACCUCCACCCCGGACAGAAAACCAGCCACGGCCAGGGCCUUACCCACAGCUGGUCCAAAGAGGCUCUCCUCCACCAGCACCACCCGCCCUGCAGCACCCUCCUCCACCAGCACCACCCGCCCUGCAGCACCCUCCUCCACCAGCACCACCCGCCCUGCAGCACCCUCCACCAGCACCACCCGCCCUGCAGCACCCUCCUCCACCAGCACCACCCGCCCUGCAGCACCCUCCUCCACCAGCACCACCCGCCCUGCAGCACCCUCCUCUACCAGCACCGCACGAGAUGUCAGGCCCAAGACGACGACAGAGAGGCGCCCCCUGGUGGCGAAGCCCAGCGCCGCCGCCUCAACGGGCUCCACCGGCGCCGCCAAAAAUGGAGCCGCAUCGACACGCACGACCACUCGGCCCGCCGUCACCACGGCAGCCAGAAGGCCUCUGGCCCCCAAGACAGACAGCAGAGUGGGAGACGAGAAGAAACCCGGAGAUGUGAGGACGUCGACAGACUCCACCAAGCCCAAGACCACCAGCACCACCCUCAGCACGGCUUCCACCGCCGCCACUGCCUCUCGCUCCAGAGCCUCAGCAGCCAAACCGCCCCCCCCCUCCUCCUCCUCCUCCGCGGUUCCAGAGAAGAAGGCCACGGUUGCUCGCGCUCCUCGGCCCGCCUCCUCCUCCUCCACCUCCACCUCCAUCACCUCCUCCAGGAACACGGCUCGCCCCAGCACAGGACCGACCCCCGACGUCCGCCAAGCCCGCUCCAAGAUCGGCUCCACGGACAACAUGAAGCACCAGCCCGGAGGAGGGAAGGUAACCUCCUCCUCUCAGAGCAGGGCCGUCGCCUCCAGAGAAGCCAGCCUGGGCAAAGUUCAGAUAGUCUCCAUAAAGUUGGACUUCAGCCACGUCUCGUCACGUUUGGGCUCCAAGGAAAAUAUGAAGCACGUUGCUGGAGGAGGGAAAGUGCAGAUCCUCAACAAGAAGGUGGACCUCAGCAAGGUGACCUCCAGGUGCGGCUCCAAGGACAACAUCAAGCACAAGCCUGGUGUCGGCGUCGCGAAGAUCGAGUCCCUCAAAGUGAGCUUCAGGGAAAAGACUCAGUCCAAAGUGGACUCAGUGGAGGACCUGAGUCCUUCAGGAGGAGGAGACACCAAGGCUGAGGGUCCCCAGGAGACCCCCGAAGGGAGCGGCCCCUUGUCUCCGGGCCCCGAGUCCGGACUGGCAGGGAGCCCCCAGAACGGACUGAAGGAGGGAGAGAGCCUGGCCCUGGCCUCACACAUCCCCGAGACAAAUUGAGUCGUUCAAGCUCAACCUCUACACCUCCACCUGGCUACUCCCCCAGGAGGACCACAGGCCCCACCCACACAGCUCCUCCAUCCUCUACACCUCCACCUGGCUCCUCCCCCAGGAGGACCACAGGCCCCGCCCACACAGCUCCUCCAUCCUCUACACCUCCACCUGGCUCCUCCCACAGGAGGACCACAGGCCCCGCCCACACAGCUCCUCCAUCCUCCGUCUCCCUCAGUGAAUCUUUUGGCCUCCUCUGCUCCUCCUCCUCUGCUCCUCCUCCAUGCCUCUUCAGGGGCAGCAGCUCCUUCCAGGACCUCCACCCCUCUGUGGCUGGACAUGUUAGAACCCGUCAUGUAGUUCAUGUUCUCAUCAUCUGAGCUCUUCAUCAUGCGCUAUAGCCCCCCCCCUCUCCUCUCCCCCCCCCCCCUCCCCCCUUUAUAGACUUAAGAAUCUAUGUAGAGUAAUAUAUGGUUGCUGUAGUCAGGGGGGCCCCUAGGGGCCUG